ACGCCAAAACCUCCCACCCCAUUCCACUAUCAACAUGUAUACCCCGCGCCCGCCGUGACGCUACGCCGCGCUACGCCAUGCAUGUAGUACACAAUCCCCCCCUUCGCACCUCUCCCGCGGACACGAAACAUGCCACUUCCCUGCGCGGCGCGAGAUAUACGUUGAGUUUGGCGGGCGAGGCGACUGGUAUAUGGUUUGACAUCUGGGGAAUGGGUAGACGAGAAUUGAACGCACGGGCAGCCGGUUGUGAGGUUGGAGUUACGCGUAGAUGGGUGUGUGGGUAAGUGUACGUUCCCCAAGCUCAACAAGCAACCGACAUGCACACGGCGAACGAGCACACACUAACAUACAUCAGCGUCAGUACGAACAGACACGCCAAUGCCAAUGCUAAUCCUAGUGCACGG